UACCUUCUAAAAUUAGUCGUAUUAUUAUAAUGGCCGGCAGUGUUUGUUGUUUUUAUUCGUCGGCAAUAUUUUAACAUCAUUUGCGCAUAAUUAAGUGCUUAACUGUAAAUUGCGUCCUCAAAUCGUGAGCAGCCAUGGCGAAGGUUGAACAACCUAUUUUCAUCCUGCCGAAGAAACGAAAUGGAAAGAAACAGAACACAAUAGCCAGCCAUGUAGACCACAUAAUUACUGUGCAGGGAGUUGCAGAAGAUGCCAAACUAAAUACAAGAAUGGUUUGUCACGCAGUCUCCGAACAUGUCAAUGGAAUAAUACACUCAACUAUGGAAGGCCUCAAGUCCAACAUGAAGAUCAAUCUCCCAAUAAUCAAUGAUGUCAAUGAUGAGGAGCUGAAUGAUUUCAAUGGAGACUCUGAGUCUGAGAAACAAAACAUUCAGAAAAACGGAUACCAAGCUUUAUCCACUCUUAACAGCAGCCGGGAGAUAAUAGAUCUCUCCCCAAUAUAUGAGAACUCUUCAGAUGCUUGCUCCAGUCAUGGCGAUCUAAGGGAUGCCAAUGAUAGUGACAUCCAAAAGAGCUGCAAAGUACUCAACUCUGAUCAGAAUGAAAGCUCUUCUGCUACACCAAACAGCUUGUCUCAAACGCAGUCUGAAAACAGCUUUGAAAUGGGCAAUCUCACUGAUAGCCUCAAGAACAGUGCUAAAAGGAAAAAACGAGUCAACAUUGUCCCAGGAAUCACAGAGGCUGAUAAUACUGACACUGAAAUUACAGCCCUGCGCAUUGAGUCUGAGGGUUCUUUAUCCCCAGACUGCUCUCUGACAGACAAUUCUAAGGAUGGGUAUCUGACCAUGACAGGAACUAUUAAGAGAGGCAAAAAGAAAGGGCAGAAUGUUGACGUUAAACUCAACAUAUCCAGGGAGGAGCUUGAGAUUAUCGAAGCAGCAAUUGUUGCUGAGGAGUUCAACAAGAUGGACAUAUCCAAAUGCUCCUUGUAUAAUGGUCCACACAUAUUUCUCUUCAGUCUACUUUGUAUUCCAUUUGUGGCAUGCAUUUCAGCCAUGUACUCAUUCUACAUGGGCACAAUGGCUUGGUACAAUGUAUUCUCCCAUGUCACUGAGAAUUUAAGCUGCAUUAAGAAGGUAUUGCUGGCCCCAAUAGUGAUUUUGUCAUACCCAUUCUUGAUUGUAAUUUUCACUGUGGGGCUGGGUCUGUAUGCUGGUAUAGUGCAGCUUACAUUCAGUGCUGCCAAUUGGUGGAAGGAUGUUUGCGAUUUUGAAAAGGGUUUCUAUGGUUGGCUCUGCAAUACUUUGGGUAUGUCAGAAUGCAGUCCGUAUGAAGUUGUGGUCCUGAUGAAUGUUAAACCUUAAAUAAUCUUAUACAUUUAAUCUUGCCAACAACACUGCCAUUAAUAGAUGUCCAUUAUACAUUUUUUCUUCAAACUUUUAAUGUAAUUCAAUAACGAAUGUGGAAGGGUAUUUUAAUGCUGGAUGGAGGAAGAAAUCUCACAAUAAUAUUCAUGUUUUAUGAGCCUAAUACAUAAGUAAUAAGUUAUAUGUACCCUUUCAUCGAAAUGUUAUUGUCUUAGAAAAAUUAAGCAUAAGGUGUUAGUUGUAAGAUUUUCAAUAUCCAUAUUUGGAGGAGUUUUAGGAAAAAGAUCGAUUUUUGAAAAGUGAUAUUUAUACAUGGGAUGGGAACAAGAUGGUAUACCUUUUAGAUCUCUUUUGAAAAUAAUUAUGAAAGUGUGUAUCUGUAGAAUUUUGCUCAAUUUCUUCCAUUGUGUCAUUCCAUACUCCAUGUUCUGUACUAAGCAAUUAUUUCUAGUCAUUUUAACCUUUUUGGUUGCAUACCUACUUGUUGUUGUAAGGAAUUGUAAUCAUAGAUGUAUUUAGGAUAAGGUUUUUACAUAUCUGCUAAGAAUUAUGGAAGUAGUUGAAAAAAUCAUGAGCUCCCAAAGAUCUCAAAUGAUGUAAUACCAUGCAAGACUUUGGUCCAAAUCAAUAACAUUAUUUGGUCUGUCUUUUAAUAAUAUUUAUGACUGAAAUUGUAAUAAAUGUUGCCAAGCACAAAUUCAAUAAUGUAUAAGCUUUCAAGCACAAUAGAUAACUUGUAAUAGCACCUAUAGAAAACUUUU